AUACCUUCAAUAUGGCCGACAAGUACAUGCUCAGAGUGACCGCUGGGUCCGACUAUGACGAGGCCAACCAAAAGCUGGUCCAUGUCAACACCGAACAACCGCUCAGCAUCUCCAACCCGAAGCUCGAUGCCUCCCUGACCGUCCGUGUCCAAAACUACCGCGGCGAACCCGUCAACUCUCCUUCAUCAUGCGCCUACUUCGAAGUCGAUCCGCACAAGUCCGACCUCUACAGCAUUUCCUUCUCCUUCACACCCAAGAAGAACAUCAACGGUCAUGAUUUGGUCUUCGGAAACGACUUUGACCACCCGAUCAAGGACAAGCUGCCACCAGGAUUCGGACAGGCAAUGAAGAUUGCUCAGUGGUUUAUCGACCCUGGACUCUAUGGUGAUGCCUAUGCCGACGAGCCAUAUCUAUACGGACCCUUCCUCAGUUCCAUCAACACAUUGAGAGUCGGCGAAAAGAAAGAGCCUGCUGAGAUGAAGGGAAGCGAGGACAAGCCCGUCGUAGUGUCUGAAGGUGCCGACGGUGAUGGUGUCGAGGCUAGAAAGAAGGCCGGCUUGCCCGACGAGGCCAACGCUCGCAAGAAGCACUUCCUCAAGGAGCAGCACUUGAAGGACUUUACCUUCGAGGAGGGUAGAAACUACAGUUGCGACUUCUUUAACCCUUACCUGGACUUCAAUGACUUUGCGCUCAAGCUUCCCGGCUUCAGCUAUAUCCCCGGUAUCACCAUCCCUAUUAUCAGCUACUGGGAUGGCCAACCUCUGAGGUCUCAUGCACUUAGAUAUGUCCUCAAAGACAGAAGCACAAACGAAGUCCUCUUUGUCAUUAUCUUCACCUUGCUACCCCGCCACAGCGAAGGACCCAAGGACGAGUCAACAAAGGAAGACAAAUCUGAGCAGAAGGACGAAGAUCUGGAC